AUGGCGGGAAAAAGCGACAUCGAUAAACAUGGCGGGAAAAAGAAUUCUUUGGGACGGCAGGGCAUCGAUAACAGGGUUGCAGCAAAAACAUCAGAAGUCUUAUACAGUGACAAGGGCUGCAGCGUCACAUUGGCGGGAAUUUUGUUGAAGCGCAGCAAGACAUCAGCGGUGGUAAAACGGAGCUGGAGCAGGACGACGGGGGCAUUUUGGAUAAAUUGCCGGGCAAUUCAUGCCAAUCCUUGGCAUAUGGCAAAUCCGAUAGCAUCAUCCAUGGCAACUGGUAACAUCGUGACGUGGAUGGGUGGCAACGCUCUCAGAGACAUGGAAGAGAAUUGCCAUAAUUUAGUAAAAGAUUGCUGCAGUUCCGGGAAAAUGGCAUAACUUUAAACAAAAUGGCACAAAAGUGGACGGACGAGGGCAGCUCCAAAAACAUAAGA